AGAUUUAAUUCUAACCUAAAAUUUUUGAAAUGUCAAAACUCCAAAAUUAAUCCAAAUUAUUAAUUACAAGAUGUUUUCCUCAAAAACGCCGUUAAUUUUAAGAAACAUUUCAUCAAUAAUUUUUAAAUCAUCUCAAAACCCUCAUUUGUAUCAAAGUUCAGUUAAUCCAACUCACAAAUUUUUUUGCCACUCCGGAGGUGAUACGAAAGAUGUCACUUACGAAGAAGUUAAAAACAUGAAAGAUAACAAAACGGUUUAUCUCAUCGAUGUUAGAGAACCUGAGGAGUUAAAAGAAACGGGGAGUAUUCCCGGAUCAAUAAAUAUUCCUUUGAAUGAAUUAGAAACAACGUUAAAAAACUUAUCAUCUCAAGAUUUUAUCGGAAAAUAUCGACGUGAUAAACCCAAUUUUGAUACUCCCUUAGUUUUUUCUUGCAAAGCUGGGGUUAGGAGUCAAAAAGCUCUAAAUAUAGCUCAAUCAUUGGGAUUUAAAAGGCUUCGUAAUUAUAGAGGAGGAUGGUUGGAUUGGGAGAAAAACAUAAAACAAUCAUAAAGAUAAUUUAAUUGAAUUAUUGUAAUAAAAUAAUUAAAACCUAA